UUUUGGUCGGACGUGUGACAUUUGAAGGGAACAUUGUGGGUUUUGGCCCCAAUUUUUCGGGGCAAGGUAGAAAAUCGGAUGGCAGGCAGAUAGAAGUGUAUGCCAAGUUUUAUUUUUCAAUAGCCUAUAUCAAUGGAUGCAAAAACACAAAAAAGAGUCGACGUUGCCAAGCGAAAGGCUAGAACAGAACUAAAAGGAGAGAACGGCUGGACAAAAUUAAAUUAUGUGGAGACAUUUGACACAAGUCUUGCAAGUGUCAGAGACAAUGUUCCUCGUCUGGACUGCAAUAAGAUUUCAAAAUCAGAGUUUGUAGAGAGAUAUGAAAAACCUAGAAUUCCUGUUGUGUUGACACAUGCCAUGGAUCACUGGAAAUCAAUGAGAAAGUGGACAACAGAGAGACUAGUAAAAAAGUACAGACAUCAGAAAUUUAAAGUUGGUGAAGAUGAUGAAGGCUAUGCUGUGAAAAUGAAAAUGAAAUAUUACUCUGAGUAUAUGGCACAUCAAACAGAUGACAGUCCAUUGUAUAUAUUUGACAGUUCCUUUGGUGAGCAUGCUGAGAAGAAGAGAUUGUUGAUUGAUUAUGAGGUUCCACGGUUCUUUGCUGAUGAUCUCUUUAGAUUUGCUGGAGAAAAAAGAAGACCCCCUUAUAGUUUUUUUGUAUUCUUACUUGCAUACAUUAUUUUUUCCCCAUUUAAGCUUGAGAUCCUUCACUGCCCAGGAGAAACUGUGUUCAUUCCAGGUGGAUGGUGGCAUGUAGUGAUAAACUUGGACACAACAAUUGCUGUCACACAGAAUUUCUGCUCACCUGUCAAUUUUAACAUCGUUUGGCACAAAACAGUCAGAGGAAGGCCUAAACUCUCCAAAAAAUGGUACAAGAGGUUAAAGAAAGAAAGACCGGAGAUAGCAGAGAUAGCAGACGGUGUGCAUAUUGAUGAACCCACUGGUGUCCAGUCCGACUCGUCCUCAUCGGCUUCUUCCUCCUCGUCGUCUUCGUCGUCAUCGUCCUCCAGUGAUUCAUCAGAGUCUGAGACAACAGAUUCAGACGAAGACAGGUGUCGGGAGAAACAGAAGCACAGCCCGUCACACGGUGACAAACGGAGAAGAAAGCGGCCGAAGCAGAAUUCUCCACCUUCAUCAAGGGAAGAAAAUUUAGGCCCAGGCUCCCCAAAACGUGGUAGAUGACCGUGCUUAAGGUUGCUCAGGAGGUUCCCGGCGAAAUGAGAUGCUCACCCAAACUGGAACGUAGAACAUUUUUUUCAGAAGCUCGAUGCAGCAAUCGUGGACGAAAAGAUUUCAAAGACGUCAAUAAAUUGAUUCUAUAAACAGCGAA